AUGGUUUUUCCUAAGAAGAUUCCAAUUCAGAAUUGGAACAGCAAAAUUAGUCUACGCACGCCUAAGCUGAUAACUUUUGAUGCUUAUAAUACUUUGUAUGCAACUGUUUUGCCAGUAAUGGAACAGUACAGUAAUGUUGCUUCGAUAUAUGGGGUGAAAGUGGAUCCACAAGAGCUAUCUGCCAACUUUCCAUCAGUGUAUUCGAAAUUGAAACUGGAACACCCUAAUUAUGGUAAGAAUACUGGUAUAUCGGCUAAGCAAUGGUGGCAAAUAAUGAUCACAGAAGUAUUCAAGCCUAUUAAAUUAUCAGAUGAUGUAGUAGAAGCAAUAUUGGAUCGUUUUGGUAGCUGUGAAGCCUUUUUUGUAUAUCCUGAUUUAAUUGCUCUAUUGAAGGGAAUUCGCCAAAAAUAUCCUGAUGUCAUAUUCGGUGUCAUCAGCAAUGCGGACCCUUACGCCGGGGAUGUUAUUAAGAGCUUUGGAUUGGAUAAAUAUUUUGAUGGCAAUAUAUAUUUGUCUUAUGAUGUUGGUUUUAGUAAGCCUGAUCAGAAAAUAUACGAGUACGCCUUGGAUGAUAUAUUAAACCGGUUUCCAGAUUUAAUAAAAAACUGUAGUAAAGAAGAAUUUAAGCAAUUUUGUUGGCACAUUGGUGAUGAAAAGAUUAAUGAUAUGGAAGGACCUGCCAAAACUGGCUUGGUUGGUAUUUUGAUUGAUAGAGUAAAUAAAUAUGGCUACUUUGAUGGUAGCUUUGCGGAUAUAAAACAUGAUUUAGAUAUGCACAAAAUUGACAAUAACUCUCUAGAAUCUUGGGAAAUAGGAAUCAAGCAAACAGAUACUUUCCAGGUCUCUGAUAGGGAGUAUGUUAUCUCCAAUCUAAGAACGUUGGCGACCAUCCUUGAUGUUCAGGUAAAUGAGUAA